AUAAAAGAACUCCUUUAAGCAACCUAAAGAAUCACCAUUCUUACUACUCUUAUCAUCUCUUCAGCAUUUCAAUGGCUUCUCAUUUGUUUCUAAUUUCCAUUCUAAUGGGCAGCCUAGUUGCUGCCUCAGCUAAUUUUAAUAAUCUUGCAGAGAUCACUUGGGGCGAAGGACGUGGUAAAAUAACAGAAGGAGGCAAGGGCCUCUCCCUGUCCCUUGACAAACUUUCUGGUUCAGGUUUUCAAUCCAAGAAUGAAUAUCUCUUUGGAAGAUUUGACAUGCAACUCAAACUCGUUCCUGGAAACUCUGCUGGCACUGUCACCACCUUCUUUUUAUCUUCACAAGGAGAAGGACAUGAUGAGAUCGAUUUCGAGUUCUUGGGUAAUACGACGGGCGAGCCCUACACUGUCCAUACCAACGUCUAUUCUCAAGGAAAGGGAAACAAAGAACAACAAUUCCACCUUUGGUUCGAUCCAACUGCAGCAUUUCACACUUACACCAUUGUGUGGAAUUCUAACCGCAUAGUGUUCUUGGUGGAUAACAUUCCAAUUAGAGUAUACAACAACCAUGAAAACAAUGGCAUUCCAUUCCCAAAGAGCCAACCAAUGAAAGUGUACUGCAGCUUAUGGAAUGCAGAUGAGUGGGCUACACAAGGAGGCAGAGUCAAGACUGAUUGGACACAUGCUCCUUUCACAGCUUACUACAGAAACUUCAAAAUAGAUGGCUGCGCAGUCACAUCCGGCGCCUCUUCAUGUAAGUCCACUGAUUCUGCAGGCAAUGCUAAGGCAUGGCAAAAUCAAGAACUUGAUGCUAAGGGCAGGAAUAGAGUCCGAUGGGUGCAAAGUAGACACAUGGUUUACAACUACUGCGCUGAUAAAAAGAGGUUUCCUCAAGGCUAUUCUCAUGAAUGCAAGAGCUCAAGGUUUUAAUUAGGAGAUGACACUUCAUUAUAUUAAUUCCAAAGGUUUGAAGAUUGAUGCAUAGCCUGGUGAUUUAUGGGAUUGGUUGUUUUCCUUAUGGUGGUGUGAAAUUCUUUAUUGUUUGUUCCAAUAAAAGCUUGUUUAAUUUAUUUAUUUAUUUUGAUUAAAUGUUGUUCAAGUUUGUGUCUAUACUGGGAGAAUAUGUCAAUUCCUGAAUAAAUACAAGAAACUGUUACCAUGAA